UUGGAGCGCUUGUGCGCAACAGUGGACCAGAAGGGAGCAGGCAUUUCAAAGACCGACUUGAAUGCACUUCUCGACCACGGCAUCCAUUGCGUUGAGACCAUCGCAUUCAUGCCUUUGCGAAAGCUGCAUGAGGUUAAAGGAAUCGGCGAAACCAAAGCAGCCCGAAUCCAUGCAGCUGCGAAGCAGCUAGUUCCGAUGCGCAUGGUCAGUGCUGCAGAAAUGCUCCAGCUUCGGAAGAACAUGGUUCAAAUUACCACAGGAUCUGUCAAGCUGGAUAGCCUGUUGAAAGGAGGAGUAGAGACCGGGCAAAUCACCGAGAUAUUCGGUGAAUUUCGUUGCGGCAAAACCCAACUCUGCCACACUCUCUGCGUGGCGUGCCAGCUGCCGAUCAGCCGGGGAGGCGGUGAGAGCAAGGCCUUGUACAUCGAUACAGAGGGCACUUUCCGACCCGAAAGACUGGCAGACAUAGCUAAACGCUACGGUUUGAACGAAGAGGACGUUCUCGAGAAUGUUACAUAUGCCCGGGCCUACAAUGCCGAACACCAGGACAAGCUCCUUGUAGAAGCUGCCAGCGUGUUUUGUGAGUCAAGAUAUGCGGUCCUGAUCGUGGAUAGUGCGACUGGGCUCUUUCGCACCGACUACAGUGGGAGGGGAGAGCUGGCGGAUCGCCAACAGGCACUGAACCGUUUUCUGCGGAAGCUGCAGCGAAUAGCUGACGAGCACGGCGUUGCCGUCGUGAUCACGAACCAGGUAAUGGCAUCCCCAGAAAGCGGGCCAGCCGCUUACAUGGGACCUCAGGUAAAGCCAAUCGGUGGCCACAUCAUCGGCCAUGCAAGCCAGACACGCCUCUUUUUCCGGAAGGGCAAGGGGGAGACUCGUAUUUGCAAAAUUUACGACUCGCCUUCCCUGCCGGAAGGCGAAGCCAUGUUCGCUAUUGAUGCAGGUGGAGUUGUGGAUGCGCCUGAUGGCAAGUGA